CAAUUCCAUUUUUUGUAGACCAAAUUCGACACGCUCUCUUUGACCUUUAUACUAAAACUCCUCGCUUGGUGAGCGGAAAAUACGAAACAUCGCCCCCUGCUGGAGAAGACAGAUUUCGUGCCCAGUUAUCCCCCUCAUAUUGCCGUUCUUCAUGUUCAGCUGGCAUUCAUUUCCCUCGUCGUGGUUCUAACUACCCUGCUGAAAUCAUGCAUCGACUUCAACACUUGGCAAAUAGAUCAUUGAUUGCUGGUGUUUUUGACCAGUCUCCAGCCCUUGUGCGGACAAAGGCUCGGGAGACCGCAUGUUUAGUACAGUCCUUACGACUCAAAACACAAGGACCCGUUGAACAGUAUGGCCUGAAGAGAUUCAGUACAGCUGAGGCAACCGUGAUUUUGAGAGAGAACGGCAAGAUGCGAGAAAAGACUCUGACCAUGGACACCCUCAAUCCGCAGGUGAAAGCGGUGGAGUACGCUGUGAGAGGACCCAUUGUCACGAAGGCUGGGGACAUCGAGAGAGGCUUGCAGCAGGGUCAGAAACAUCCCUUCACUGAGGUCAUCAAAGCCAACAUUGGAGAUUCACAUGCCAUGGGGCAGAAGCCAAUCACCUUUCUCCGUCAGGUGGUGGCUCUCUGCUCAUUCCCAGAGCUGUUGAGCAGCCCUAGUUUCCCAGAGGAUGCCAAACAACGUGCCCGUCGCAUCCUACAGGGCUGCGGGGGACAGAGCUUGGGGUCGUACAGUGCCAGCCAGGGAGUGGACUGUAUUCGGCAGGACGUUGCUGUCUACAUAGAGCAACGGGAUAAGGGUGUGCCUGCCGACUGGGACAAUAUUUACCUUACCACCGGAGCUAGUGAUGGCAUCGUGAGCAUCUUGAAAAUGCUGGUGUCGGGCCAGGGCCGGUCCAGGAGUGGUGUGAUGAUCCCCAUCCCUCAGUACCCCCUGUACUCUGCAGCCAUCUCUGAGUUGGAGGCCGUUCAGAUCAAUUACUACCUGGACGAGGACAACUGCUGGGCCCUGGAUAUCAACGAGCUCCACAGAGCCUACCAGGCUGCCAAGGAGCACUGUCACCCCAGAGUCAUCUGCAUCAUCAAUCCAGGCAACCCUACUGGUCAAGUGCAGAGUAGGAAGUGCAUCGAGGAAGUCCUCCACUUUGCCUACGAGGAGAAUCUGUUCGUUAUGUCCGAUGAGGUGUAUCAGGACAACGUGUACUCCCCAGACCUUCAGUUCCACUCCUUUAAAAAGGUGCUCUACGAGAUGGGCCCAGAGUACUUCAACACGGUCGAGCUGGCCUCAUUUCACUCCACCUCCAAAGGAUACUCAGGAGAAUGUGGGUUCAGAGGGGGAUAUAUGGAGGUUCUCAACCUCGACCUGGAGGUCAAGGCCCAGCUGGUGAAGCUGCUCUCUGUGAGGCUGUGUCCCCCUGUCUCUGGACAGGCUGCCAUGGAUGUCAUCGUCAACCCUCCUCUGCCACAUGAACCCUCCUACCUCCAGUUCCACAAGGAGAAGAGCACUGUGCUUGGAGCUCUGGCUGAGAAGGCCCAGAUGACUGAACAGACCCUCAACACGGUGCCUGGGAUCAAAUGUAACCCGGUGCAGGGAGCCAUGUACGCCUUCCCACGCAUCUUCAUCCCCCCACGAGCUGUGGAGGAGGCUAAGUCCCUGGGAAUGUCUCCUGACAUGAUGUACUGUCUGAGACUACUUGAGGAGACUGGCAUCUGCCUCGUUCCGGGCAGUGGCUUCGGCCAGAGGGAAGGGACCUAUCACUUCAGAAUGACCAUUCUGCCCACGACAGAGAAGCUGAAGGUGCUCCUGGAGAAGCUCCGGGAUUUCCACAUCAAGUUUCUGAAGGAGUACGCGUCAUUGGAGGAACCAAAGAGAUGAGAGUCCAGAGGAUGACACACGGGACUCACUAGAACAGUUCAGAUAGUCCCAGUUUGAGAAUGUUUAACACGCGUAACAAAAACAGGGUUUACGGAGGUAUCGACUAACGCUAAUCUAAAGUAAAAAAGUAACCCUUUUUUUACUCUACUAGUGUAACCUAUGAUUGCUUGAAGUUUUAUCUGAUUUUAGGAACAGUACUUGUGUUUUAGAGACAUUGUGCCUUUGUCAGACGAGGUAAAAGUGUGGGGAGAAACGAUGCCGUCUGUACAGAGAUGUUAAAGGGGCAAUCUGCAGUUGCCACUAACAUUUUAGGACUUGUAAAUGAAAUUGUAAAUCGAUGUACCCAUUGAUUCUUGAAGAAUACAACUUGGGCAUGCCUCAUCAGCUGUCGUACCCGAUCAGAACCCAAAAUAUAAGCUUUGUAAAUGUAAACAAACACUAUAAAGCCUUAACCUCUCUGGGGUAUGUGGGACACACUAUUCAACAGCCAGUGAAAUAGCAGGGCGGCAAAUUCAAAACAACAAAAAUCUCAUAAUUCAAAUUUCUCAAACAUACAACUAUUA